AUGAUUGAACUGAGCUCGAGUGUUGAAAAUCGUGUGUGUUCUCCAUGACUCAUCUUGAUGGAAAAUUUGAUGGGCGACUGUUUAUCACAGACUACAGAAUAAAGUGAAAACAAAAGUUGUCAAUCUGGCGCAGCAGUGACAUGGCACAAACUGAUAGGUCACUUGUUUUUGAUGAGGUAAGCGCAAAUGACAAGUCGUAAUUAUUAUCGCAAAUAGGCCGUGGAUCUGCUGUCGCGAAAAUUGCCAAAUCGUUAAGUAAAUGUUUUCGGUAGAACAUAAACAAAGUGACAUUAUUGCUGAAGUGAACACACCAGAAACGUUAUUGGUGAGCGUAAGAGCGAAAAAAGAAACUGGACGACUAUGUCGGAAAAUUUGAACAUAGUGAUGAAUGGAACACAGCCAUCGGGCUGCUACUGGAAUCACACAGCAGGAGAAAUUGGAAUGACCUUUGCUUACUGCCUGAUUUUUCUUGUUUCGCUGGCUGGGAACACUGUCGUCGGAAUAAUUGUUUACAAGACGAAAACCAUGAGAAAACCAAUCAACUUUUUCAUUGUAAACAUGGCUAUGUCUGAUCUGCUGUUUCCAAUUUUCUUGAUUCCUCGGGAAAUUCAACUGCUCUACAUAGACUCCUGGCUGAUCGGUGGUCCUCUUGGCCAGGCCUUGUGUAAGCUGGUAAUCUUCUUAUCUGAUGUCUCCCUUAUUGUGUCUAUUCAGAGCCUGGUUCUGAUAGCAGUGGAUCGAUUUGCAGCUGUGGUAUAUCCCCUCCGUUCCCCACUCAUCACCAUGAGAAGACCCAUCAACUUUCUAAUCGUUAACAUGGCCAUGUCCGAUUUACUUUUUCACAUUUUUGGCUUCCCUUACUGGAUGCAAACGCUCUAUAUAGACUUCUGGCUGAUCGGUGGUCCUCUUGGCCAGGCCUUGUGUAAGCUGACUUACUACUUACCAUAUGUCUCCCUUAUUGUGUCUAUUCAGAGCCUGGUUCUGAUAGCAGUGGAUCGAUUUGGAGCUGUGGUAUAUCCCCUCCGUUCCCCACUCAUCAGUUCAAAGUUGUGCCCGUUCUUCAUUCUCGCCACUUGGAUCGUCGCGAUGGCUAUCCAAUCCCCAGAGCUCGUCGCCCUCAAACUUGUUGAAUACCCAGGAGGUUUGGUGUGUUCGCGGCAUUGGAAUGAAGCCUUUGGAGAGUCCUGGUCCGUUGAGAAUUAUUACGUGUUAAUUUUGGUUAUAUUUUUUAUCAUCCCUUUGAUGUUGAUAGCCAUACUUUACAUCAUCAUCUAUUUAAAGGUCAAAUCACAGAAGAUUCCAGGCGAGGAGUUGGCCAACUUUGGACAACAACGCCUGCAAAGGAAGCGAAAUGUGUUAAAGAUGGCCUUUGCUAUCGUGUUAGGGUUUGCAGUAUGCUGGCUGCCUCUCAUUAUCUUCUGGUUUCUCUUCUUCUUUACGUCGGAUAUAUGGUCUUGUGGCUCCCAAUACUUUAUUAUUGUUGCCUUUUUCAUGGCUCGCGCAAAUUGUGCCAUAAAUCCUUGCAUCUGUUUUAUUUUUAGUAGAAAUUAUCGGGAAGGACUUAAUAAUCUCUUAAGAUUACGGUGUUCCUUUAAGGUCGGCACACACGAGGGGACUAAUCCCUGCAACUAGUCCCUGCAACUGAGUCCACUGAAGAUUUUACACGAAGGGACUGGUCCCAGGGACUUAUCCCACGAACAGUUCACACGAAGUGCAGUUUUGGGGAACAAUUCGCAGAGACUUGGCCCAAAAAUUUAAACUGGUUUGAAUUCGUGGGACUAGACGCAGGGACCAAAGCUUGGUCACUGCGACUAGAUUUUGAAGAAAAAAUGGCCAGUUCACACGAUGGGACUUUUUCCUGCGACUUGUUUCAGGGACUAGUCGUAGGGACUAAUCCCCUCGUGUGAGAA